GCGAGCGCGUCCGCGGGUGGGAUUGGAGGCGUGGAGACGGUGUUUAAUUUCGUCGCCGACGCGGGGGAGGAGGAGAGUUUCAGUUUGGUGGAUAACACGAACGCGCGGUCGAGCGGUGGCGGCGGUGGACGCGGUGGACGCGGUGGCGGACGUUGGAACCAGUUCGGUGGGCGCGGUCGCGGUCGCGGGAACAUGGACGAGGCGGCGCGAGAUCUCGGGGUCGGGGCGGAGCGCGAACGCAACCGCCAGGCGCGCAUUCAGUCGAGAAAGGCGCAGCAGUGGAACACGUGGGCGUACAACAGGCAGCAGCAGCAGGUGCAUUACAGCGCGUCCGUGGAUAUUCGUCCGGAUUGGGAAGUCGUGGAACAAAUCGCGUUCCCGGAAAUCAUCAAGCAGUCCUUGGAGCUCGCCGAGGCGGCGCCAGAGGACUUGGCGACGUACGGCUCUGUGCGUUGGUUCGAUAAGUCGUACGAUCGCGUGACGCCCAAGUCCGAAGUACUCCUGCGAAGACGCACGGAAGAACCGCCGCGUAACGUCACGGCGAGCGAAGAUCCGAUCAUUCAGAAGUACGCCGCCGAGGGUACGGGCAACGUGUUCACCACCGACGGCGUCUUGGCCGCCGUCAUGUGCGCCGCGCGCUCCAACUACUCUUGGGACAUCGUCAUCAAGAAGAAGGACGGCAAGAUCUUCCUCGACAAGCGCCCCGAUGGUAACUUUGAUCAGCUCACCGUGUCCGAAACCGCGCAAGAGCCGAUUCCGGACGAUCCGGAAGACAUCAAUGGCGUUCAACAGCUCUCCGCCGAGGGUACCAAGGCGAACCGAGCCUUUGUCGAACAAUCGCUCACCGUCGAAAAGGAUGCGUACAAGUUCGGUGAACCCGUGCCUUUCUUCGGCGAAGACGAUAACGACUCAAUCGCGUAUAAGUACCGCAAAUGGAACGUCGACGACACCACCAAGCUCGUGUGCCGAUGCGAAUUGAACGCCGUGAGCGAAUCCAAGGGCAUGGACAAGGGCAAAGCGCUGACCACGCUCGUGAAGGCUUUGAACGAAUUCGAUUCCAAGGUCACAGGGAUUGACUGGAGACUCAAGAUCGAGACGCAGCGCGGUGCGGUGGUUGCCAACGAGCUCAAGAACAACGCGAAUAAGCUCGCCAAGUGGACCGCGAUGGCCGUGCUCGCCGGCGCCGAACAAAUGAAGCUCGGUUUCGUGUCGCGCGUGCACCCGCGCGAUCCGAACGCGCACGCGAUCCUGAACACGCAAACGUACAAUACGAAGGACUUUGCACAGCAAAUCAACAUCAAGGAAGCGAACAUGUGGGGUUCGCUCAAGCUGUUCCUCGAUACGUGCCGCAAGUUUGAAGACGGCUCGUACAUUUGCGUCAAGGAUCCGUUGAAGAACAUCCUUAGAUUUUACAAGUACGAGGAGAGUGCGAGCAUGUUCUAAACGUGCUAGCUUUCUAAUUACGUCUUAGUAGUCAACGACCGUUGU